CGAAGAAACAUUCUUCCCCUCCUGUGAUCGAUAAUUGGAAGGAUUGAUCAUCAGAGGCAAAAUCGCUGGGGAACAAUGUCUGGUCGAUCUGCGUACAAGAGACAAGACGGAAACAGAGGCGCGUUGCGAACUCAGAAAAAAUUCGUCCCUAAGACCAGUAAUACUUCAAUUUCAACAAAAGAACCCCUGAACGAACAGCCUCCGUUCUCUACUUCUCUCAGACGAUCUUUUCCCACACAAUCAUCCGAUGGUGCAGAAGCUGCGACUUCCUCCUCCUCCUCCUCCAGCAGAAGCAGUAUCGCCACCACCACUUCGGUUACUACUACUAGUAGGGUUCGAUUGGGAGAGAACGGGAACUGGGUUUCUAAUCGUCAACAGGGUGGCAACUUCGUUAAUUAUCUUCCCCAUGACGAAGCUGUCGCCUCCGGGCUCGGUGCUGAAGAUGGCGCUUUGGAUCCUGUAGAGUCCCAGCGUGUCGUCGACCUUCUCAACAGGGAGUUGUCUCGCUUGCUCAAUUUGCCCCCUAGAGAUUUCUGGAUAGAAGUGGCCAGUGAUGCUUCUUUGCACGAUUUUCUGGAUAGCUUUCUACAGUUUAGAAAUCGAUGGUUUGACUUCCCUCACCGGGGAGCCAAGGGAAUAGUUGCAGGGGUCAUUGUUGGAGAAUUAGAGCUAAGCCGUCGUGUCUUUAUGGCCUUAUAUCGCAUAUCUUCCAAUAGGGAUCCUGGCGCCCUGGCCAGUGACAGCCUCAGUGCUAAGGAACAUGGAGAGGGUGCGCUCUUUAUGCAACGACAUGAUUGGUUGCAUCAGCUUUCCAUGUUGUUGAGAUCAAUAUGCUGUCGAGUCCUUUUGCAGGAAAAGAAGCUGCUUGACUUGCCAAAGUUGUUAGAUAUAUGUGCCAUAUAUGGUCAUGAUAAUGAAGAGCUAACUAAGUUACUGGUUAUUAAUUCUCUGAAAGCCCAGCCAAAGAUCCAUGACAAUUUAGCAGCUGUGGUAUCUCAUUUCCUGAACAUUGUCCACACAAUGCAUCACCGUUGCAGCUCAUCACUGGAGGUCUUAUUUUCCUCUGGAAGCCAUGAAGAUAGUCGACUUUAUGCAGAUUUCUUAGAGGUGAUGGACUUCGUAAAUGAUGCAAUUGCAUCACUUGCUACUUUUGUUAAUGUCUACAAACCUGCAGCUGUAUACUUCUCUUGUCCUGUCGAAACAAGUUAUGGAAACGGGGAACUACUCAAUACCCUUUCAAGAUUGCAUGAUUCAUUGCUUCCAUCUUUACAACAGGGUUUGAGACAUAUGUUUACAGCUCAAGCAGAUACAGUUCAGAACUCAGUUGGAGAAAACCAUUCCAAUAUUGCUACUAGCUUCAAGAUGUUGUCAACAAGAAUUGUUAAAUUAGGUUGGCAAUUACUGGAUAUCUGCUAUCUUAGUGAUGAAGUAUUUCUAGGCAGCCUCCCGUUUCUGGCUUCAACAAAGAUGUUUCCAGCUAAUGUUGAGGAUCCAGUAAUAAGGGGAGAUAUUUUGGUUCAAACUUUUAGGGAGAUAAAUGGAGAACGUUCAAAUUAUGUUCUAGAGAACCAGAGCUACGGAACAUUCUUUCAGAACGUUGAAAAGAAUUGCAAAAUGUUGAACAGGCUUGAUAAUCUACGUGAUAGUGGAUGGAUUUUCAUGGAUGAUGAACAAUAUCAAUAUUUGUGUCGUGGUGUGAUGCCUCCAUCUUCAAAAGUUGUAACUAGACAACCCAACGGACCACCUUUACUCACAAACAAGGUGCAGAUGGAUGAAGAUGCUGCAAUUAUUGAGUCCAAGAUCAGUCAAAUAAAAGAUCUCUUCCCUGAAUAUGGUAAAGGAUUCCUCUCUGCGUGUCUUGAAGUCUACAAUCAAAACCCAGAAGAGGUGAUUCAGAGGAUACUGGAUGGAACUCUACAUGAAGAUUUACAGUCCUUGGAUAUUUCCCUAGAAAAUAUUCCACCACCCAAAUCUGCAUCAUCUAUGAGUAGGAAUUAUAAAGGAAAAGGGGCCCUAAUAGAGCCUGCAGUGUUGCCUUCUAAUGAUGUGGUUGAUGCAGUGAAGGAUGCUAGGGGAUCCUCAUCUUCUGGUUCCUCUGUGACUGGACGGUAUAUCAGGAAGCCCAAGGAUGGUUUGCCCGACCCUAGCACCCUGGACUUGAGAAAUGACAAGGAUUUAGCUAAGACUGCAUUUCUUGCAUCGCAGUACGAGUAUGAAGAUGAAUAUGAUGACUCGUUUGAUGACUUGGGUCUGAGUCUUGUGGAUUCUGGAUUUGAGGAGCCAGAGAUACUUGGAGACAGGAUCAGCACAGCUCGAGGGAAAUCUCGGGGAGAUGAAACUGAAAUCUCUGGCUCGAGCACUAAUGGUUCUAAAUGGAAUUCUCAGAAGAAGACCCAGUUUUAUGUCAAAGAUGGUAAAAACUACAGCUACAAAGUUUCUGGUUCUGUUGCAGUUGGAAGUGCUCAGGAAGCAGCAGUAAUAAACCAAUCCCAGAGAGAAUUGAUUCUUGGCCUUGGCCAUGGUGGAAACCUUCCCCGUGGGACUGUUAGAACACCAACGGAGGCUGAUGAACAGCCGGAGAACCAGUCAGAGACUCCUGAGACUGGAGGGAGAGGGAAUAUGACACACUCAAGGGGCAGAGGAAGAAGAGGGGGUGGUGGUAGCAAUCAUUACAGAAAGGAUAGAGCCAUGAAGAAACACUUCUCAGGACUAGGUGGCUACUGAAGUACAUGAAUGGAACUGAUACAUUGGUGGUAAUACCUUCCUUGUCACAUAUAUAUAUAUUUUUUAAUUCCAUUCUCUUUCUCAGAUUUA